CAGUGCAUAGACGUUCGGGACUCGUCCUGCAAUCAAGACAUUCCUCCUUUUUAAAAAAAAAAAAUUUUUCAAAAUGAUGAAACUUACCAUCUUCGCCCUAGCCGCCUUAGCCCUGGUGUGCGCUUUCCCCCAGGACAGUCCCCAAGCUCAGCAGCCAGCGCAGCCCCCUGUAGAGAUCGUGAAGCAAGACUCUGAAGUGGACGUUAACGGCUACAACUUUGAGUUUGAAACAAGUGACGGUACUUCAAGGCAAGAGCAAGGCGAAUACAAGAACGACACUGACCAGCAGGGCCUGUUAGUCAAGGGCAGCUACAAGUACGUGGCUCCUGACGGCCAGCACAUCCAGGUCACGUACGUGGCGGACAAGAAUGGCUACCAGCCCACCGAGACCACUGGCGAGCCUGCGAGUGCCUAAAACAAUCCAAUGAAAUGUGCUUCAACCAAAUUUAAUUUUAAGUCUCAAGUCACUGUCCGUAUAAUAUUAUGAUAAUAAAAGGAUGUCCACAACAAACGUUUUUAUA